UGAGUACUGAGUACUGACAAAUGGUCCCCAGUUUCCCAGGUGUCAUUAUCGAAGGACUUUGCUUUUCCCUCGUCUUCUCUGCUCGCUUCUUUACUCCGGACACAGGCUCUGUUCGGACGGUGAGACGGAAGGUAAUUUUUCACUAGCUCCUGCGUUCUGUGUUGCGUUGAGAAGAUCAUAAAAUAAAAAACAAAACCCUAGAAAUUCCACCCACAUUGUACACUUAACUGUUUGUUAGUCACGGAAUUUUCUUAAACGGAAAGGGUGUUUGGCUGUUUCUCCACUGAGAAGUGCUUUCUUUGGAAGUCAUUAUUUUGAAUUAAAAUGGGGGAGUCAGUGGAUGCUAUGGAAGAAGACAUAGGAACUAGUAACAAGGGCGAGAAGCUCUCGAAUGGGUUUGAUAUGGAUAUAGAUAUGAAUAAUGAUGAUGAUGACGAUGAUUAUGAUUCCGAUGAUGAUGUUGAUUUUAUGGAAUUAAACACUAGCUUAAGCGAAAUGGGUGAACCAUACUUGAAAGAUUUCUGUAAAAGGGCUGCAACUUUAUUUUUUAACGAGUAUGGUCUUAUUAGCCACCAGAUCAACUCCUACAAUGACUUCAUCGGCAAUGGUUUGCAGAAAGCCUUUGAUUCCUUCGGUGAGUUAGUUGUUGAGCCUGGAUAUGAUCCAUCCAAGAAGGGAGAGAAUGAAUGGAGAUAUGCUUCAGUUAGGUUUGGGAAGGUUACUCUCGAUAAACCGAGUUUUUGGGGUGGUUCAGAUGGUACCGAUCAUAAUAUGCUACCUAGGCAUGCCAGACUUCAAAAUAUGACAUAUUCAUCCAGGAUGAAAGUGAAUGUUACUGUUGAGGUGUACACUCAGAAAGUCAUUAGAAGUGACAAGUUCAAAACUGGGAAAGAUCAGUUUGUUGACAAGGUGGUUCUGAGUACUGAUAACAGGGAUAUUAUAAUUGGGAGGAUACCUGUGAUGGUGAAGUCUGAUCUUUGCUGGAUGAAGACAGCUGAAAGAUCUGAUUGUGACUUUGAUCAUGGUGGUUACUUUUUGAUCAAGGGAGCAGAGAAGGUUUUCAUAGCACAAGAGCAAGUUUGUUUGAAGAGACUAUGGAUUUCAAAUAUUCAGAGCUGGACAGUUUCCUAUAAGAGUGAAAUUAAGAGGAAUAGAUUAAUUGUUAGACUAGUAGAUCUUUCUAAAGUUGAGGACAUUAAAGGAGAAAAGAAAGGCCUCAAUGUGUAUUUUUUGUCCUUUGCCUCAAUUCAUGAUGCUGAUGAGAAGUGUGAGGGGUUUCGCAAUGAUAGGGAAGCUCUUGGGUAUGUGAUUAAACAAAUACAAGGAACUCGAUUUCCGCCAGGGGAAACUGAAGACUGUAUUAGCCUAUAUCUGUUUCCCAGUCUGCAUAGCCCUAGGCAAAAGGCUCGCUUUCUGGGUUACAUGGUAAAGUGUCUUUUGCAGGCAUACAGUGGCCAAAGAAAAUGUGAUAAUCGGGAUAGUUUCAGGAACAAGAGAUUUGAGUUGGCCGGUGAGUUGCUUGAUCGAGAGCUAAAAGUACACAUUGCACAUGCACGGAGGCGGAUGGCCAAGGCUCUGCAAAAAGACCUCUAUGGAGAUCGUGAUGUGCGCCCAAUUGAGCAUUAUCUGGAUGCUUCUAUAGUCACAAAUGGUCUAUCGAGAGCAUUCUCAACUGGGGCAUGGUCACAUCCAUUUAAGAGGAUGGAAAGAAUAUCUGGUGUUGUGGCAAAUCUGGGGCGUACAAAUCCAUUGCAAACGAUGGUUGAUUUGCGAAAAACACGACAGCAGGUUCAGUACACAGGGAAGGUUGGAGAUGCUAGAUACCCGCACCCUUCUCACUGGGGUAGGGUUUGCUUUCUUUCUACUCCAGAUGGGGAAAACUGUGGACUUGUAAAGAAUUUGGCCAUUACUGGACUUGUUAGUACAGAGAUAUUGGAACCUCUGAUUGACAUAUUGUUUGAUUGUGGAAUGGACAAACUGGUUGAUGAUACCCAUACUAAACUGGAUGAGAAGUAUAAAGUAUUCCUGAAUGGAGAAUGGGUUGGAGUCUGUGAAGAUUCUAAUUUGUUUGUAGCUGAGCUUAGACGUUUGCGGCGGAGGAAGAAAUUACCUCGACAGGUGGAAAUCAAAAGAGAUGAACAGCAAAAGGAAGUACGGAUAUUUGCUGAUGCUGGAAGGAUUUUACGUCCCCUUUUAGUUGUUGAGAAUUUACAUAAAAUAAAAGCAUUUAAAGGGGGAAAUUACACCUUUCAAUCUCUUCUGGACAAGGGAAUUAUUGAGUUCAUUGGAACUGAAGAGGAAGAGGACUGCAGCACUGCAUGGGGCAUCAAAUUUCUUGUAGCAGGAGUUGAUAAAAAACAACCUUUGAAGUACACACACUGUGAACUUGAUAUGUCCUUUUUAUUAGGUUUGAGUUGUGGAAUCAUUCCCUUUGCCAAUCAUGACCAUGCAAGAAGGGUCCUAUACCAGGCUCAAAAACAUUCUCAGCAGGCUAUUGGCUUUCCCACAACAAAUCCCAACAUCAGAGUGGACACUUUGUCUCACCAAUUGCACUAUCCCCAAAGGCCACUUUUUCGGACUGUGACUGCAGAUUGUCUUGGAAAACCUGGAUAUGCACGAGGCCAUCAUGGAAUGCUGCCGAAGCCAGAAUUGUUUAAUGGUCAGAAUGCUAUUGUAGCAGUCAAUGUUCAUCUAGGAUACAACCAAGAGGACUCCUUGGUAAUGAAUCGUGCCUCUUUAGAGCGGGGUAUGUUUCGAUCUGAACAUAUCAGAAGUUAUAAGGCUGAUGUUGAUAAUAAGGAACUAUUAGACAAAAGGCGAAAGUUUGAAGAUACUGUAAAUUUUGGGAAGAUACAGAGUAAAAUUGGACGUGUUGACAGCCUUGAUGAUGAUGGUUUUCCUUUCAUUGGUGCAAAUUUACAAAGUGGUGAUAUCGUUAUUGGGAGGUUUGCAGAAUCUGGGGCAGAUCAUAGUAUAAAAUUGAAGCACACUGAAAGGGGUAUGGUUCAGAAAGUCGUGUUAUCUUCUAAUGAUGAGGGAAAAAAUUUUGCUGUGGUGUCUCUGAGACAGGUUCGUUCUCCAUGUCUUGGAGACAAAUUCUCAAGCAUGCAUGGACAAAAGGGUGUUCUAGGUUUUUUGGAGUCCCAAGAGAACUUCCCCUUCACAAAAGACGGAGUAGUUCCUGAUAUUGUUAUAAAUCCACAUGCAUUUCCUUCACGACAAACUCCUGGUCAACUCUUAGAGGCUGCUUUAGGAAAGGGGAUUGCCUGUGGUGGUCCAAUGAGAUAUGCCACCCCUUUCUCCACACUGUCUGUUGAAGCCAUAACAGACCAGCUUCACAGAGCUGGAUUUUCAAGAUGGGGAAAUGAGAAAGUUUGCAAUGGUCGAACUGGUGAAAUGGUUCGCUCUCUUAUAUUUAUGGGACCAACAUUCUAUCAGCGGUUGAUCCACAUGGCUGAAGAUAAAGUAAAAUUUCGCAACACUGGGCCUGUCCACCCACUUACCAGACAGCCUGUUGCAGACCGUAAGCGUUUUGGUGGUAUCAAGUUUGGUGAGAUGGAGCGUGACUGCCUCAUAGCUCAUGGUGCAUCUGCAAACCUGCACGAGCGACUUUUUACUCUCAGUGAUUCUUCACAGAUGCAUAUUUGCCAGAACUGCAAAAAUGUGGCCAAUGUGAUUGAACGGACAGUGCCACCAAGCCGCAAGAUUAGGGCCCCCUAUUGCCGGAUUUGUGAAUCUGCUGAUGAUAUUGUGAAGGUUAAUGUACCUUAUGGCGCCAAAUUGUUAUGCCAGGAGCUUUUCAGCAUGGGUAUAAGUCUGAAGUUUGAAACUCAGCUUUGCUGAGUUGUUAUGGGUUCUGUCCUCGUUAUCUAUGGGCUUACUCAACUUUCUAACUCAGUACAUGUUUUAUUUGGUAUAUUCCCCAAUGACCGUGUUGCCUGUAUUGUACAUGGUUGUUAUGGGACUUGGUUCAAGUAUUUUACAAUAUCAUUUUGCCUUUGAUAAAAGUAAUUUGGGAAAUUAGGAGAACAGACAUGAUAAAGUGAAAGAAAGAGAAGCUUCUGAAUUUGGGUUUUAUGUUUUUAAGUUUUUGGGCUCAGCCUAGUGCCUAUUAUAGCAAGUUUGAACAAGGACCAAAAAAGCAUUUAUGGACUGGGCUCAGCCUUUUAUUACUA